AAAUUAGUUGAAGCGUCGGUUGCUAGAUGGCUCUGCAGAUGCGGUAGCAUUUUAAAUGGCGCUGAGUCCACCAACAUACGUGAAAGAUGAGCAAGGGGCGACGUUUAUUGCCGCUAGCCAAAGGCCAGAUGGCACAUGGAGAAAGCAGAGAAGAGUGAGGGAUGGCUAUGUACCACAGGAAGAAGUUCCAAUAUAUGAGAGCAAGGGCCGGUUGUUCGCAAAAUCAAAACCCAAAUAUCCCGUUGGCAUGUCAGAAGAAUUUGUCAAUGCGCACAAAGGCAAAAAGGAAAAUUUUGAGAAGUCACCCUUUUCUGGUAUAAUGGUGGAGGAACCUAGUGAAGUUGCAGCCAAAUCUACCAGGAAGAAAAAGAAAAAAAAGAAAUCUGAUAAUACAGAUGAAGUCAGUGAAGGCAUGGAGAAAAUGCACUUAUCUCCAGGAAAAGAAGUGACACAGAACAACAGUCCAGUUAAAAAUACGACGCAGACUAAUUCUUGUAGUAAGAAUCCAUCUCAGAGUGCUAAAACUGCCAAGAAUUCAUCACAGAAUAGUCCUACAGCCAAAAGCGGGGGGGAACCAUCACAGCAGAAUGACACGUCAAUGAAAGAUCCUGGCAAGAGGUUGAAAAACCUCAGGAAGAGGCUGCGUGAGAUCGAAGCUAUCGAGGAGAAGAUCUCCCAGGGGCAGGACAAACAACUUGAAAAGGACCAGUUGGACAAAGUGGCGAGGAAGCAGGAAGUCCUGAGUGAAAUAGAGUUGUUGUCGAAAGUCGUUCGUUCCUCUUAAUCGUGUAAUAUGCUGGAACUGCAUUUACGGGCUGCUGUACAGAAUUAAGGAUGUUUUAUUCAUCAGGAAUAGGCUUCUACACCAUUCUGUUACCAUUGGUUUUUUUGACGUGUGUAGAAAAUUUUUAUUGUUACUUUAACAACAGUGAGUCACCACCAGUAAUGUAACAUACAUGUUUUAAGGACAACUAGUUUUAAGGUUACUUUUAACCUUUAAUAUGAAGAGUGUUAUCAGUUUUUAUUUUUUUUAUUUUUUUGUACAGUUAAAUUUUGAAUUGUUUUUGGGUUUCCACCUCUCAUGUUAUACACUAUAUGCUGAGUGAGGUUGUUCAUCAUUGUACAGUUUUUGCUUUCUUUGUAUGAAGAGAAAGUAAUUUUAUUUUAAGUGGAGAAUUUUUUGUUUUCUCUCAGUCUUGUGCAAUUACAUUGUGUGCAUGAGAAAUUCAGAGAUAGUGUUCUCAGGCAGUCCGAACAAUAUGGUUUUUGUUUAUUGAAUUACCAGUUGCAAAAAUUAAAUAAUAGAUCCUUCUGUUCCCUUCAUUAUGUCCUUAGCCGACAGAAUAAAAAUCUGCCUUGCAUUUCUGGAGUGCAUGUCCCUACCCCCUCCCAAAAAAGAAAACAUUCCCCACAAAAUUUAGUGCAAAUUUUAGCAUUUCAUUAAACAGUGUGUGUUCUCUCUAUUAUUAUGAUUAUUUACUGUUAUUAUUAUAUUCUCUGUACAAAACUUUGUCCUCCAGAAGUUUCCUCUUCAAUAUGUACAAAGCAGCUGGUGAUCAGAUCAUGUUUUUGAGGCUUUUUACUGUCACCUCAUUGAAAUCAUUGUGAAAAAAUUCUGUGGACACCAUUUGUGCCAUACCUGCAUUCUUCCUGCUGCUAGUGAUUUAUGGUACAUGCCAUGUGCAAAAUAUUUCUAGUCUUUUGAAACAAAAGUCAUUGAAUUUUUUUAUCGUGUUUGACAGGCUACUUUUAGGUUUUGUACUACACUGUAAAAAAAAAUAAAACUUGUUUAAAAUUUAAUUCUGUCAAUCUAACAGAAAUAAUGAAAUUUGUAUGUCAUUUCCAGUGGUACAGGAUUAAGUCUUAUAAAGGAUUUGUGACUUAUUCACAUCACAUACUGUGAAUGAUACUGCCAUUAGUAAAUUAAUACCUGAAACAUA